CGGGGCGGGGCGGGGCGGGGCGGGCGGGCCCGGGUCGGCGGCGGGCGGCGGGGCCGGGCGCGUUUCGGGAGCGGGGCUGGGGCCGCAGCGGGCCGGGCCGGGCCGGGCCAUGGCGAGCUCGGAGCGGAGCGCGCUGCUCACGUACCGCCUGUGCGGCGGCUCGGGCGAGGAGGAGCGGGGCCGGGAGCGGGCCAGCGGCCGGGCCCGCGCCGCUGCUGCCGCCGCCGUCGCCGCCCCCCGCAAGCUGCCCACCUUCCUGGGCGUCGUGGUGCCCACGCUGCUCUCCAUGUUCAGCGUCGUCCUCUUCCUGCGCCUCGGGUUUGUGGUGGGUCACGCUGGAUUGUACCAAGCUCUGGCCAUGUUUGCAGUAGCCUACUUCAUCAUUGGCAUGACGGUGCUGUCUGUGUGUGCCAUCGCCACCAACGGGGCGCUGGAUGCUGGAGGAGCCUACUAUAUGAUCAGCCGUGCCCUGGGCCCAGAAUUUGGAGGCAGCAUUGGGAUCAUGUUUUUCCUGGCCAACGUGUGUGGCAGCGCCCUUUACGUGCUGGGGCUGGUGGAGGCAGUCGUGGACAGCUUUGGGGUGCCACCUGGGCAAAAAGUGGGCACAGGCGUCCAUGUCCUGCCCCAGAGCUACUGGUACGAGCUGCUCUACGGCACCGUCCUGCUUGCCCUGUGCCUCGUGGUGUGCCUCGUGGGCGCCUCCAUCUACGCCAAAGCCACCUUCCUCAUCUUCCUGAUCGUUGCGGGUGUGCUGGGCACCAUCCUCAUCAGCUUCUUCACCACGCGGCCCAUUGGGGUGCCCAUCCGCCUGCCGCACUUCAACGGCUCAGAGACCGAGAAUGGCUCCUUCACAGGCUUCUCACUCGCUACCCUGCGAGAUAACCUGGGUGGUGGGUACGGAGUGGACUACACCACGGGGCAGAUCAUGAGUUUCAGCUCUGUCUUUGCGGUGAUGUUCAACGGCUGCACUGGCAUCAUGGCAGGCUCCAACAUGUCAGGGGACCUGAAGCGCCCGAGCUACUCCAUCCCACGGGGCACCAUCUCCGCCGUGCUCUUCACCUACCUCGUCUACAACCUGUUGGCUUUCCUCAUGUGUGCCACCUGCAACAGGACCCUCCUGCAAAAAGAUUAUGGCUUCCUGCGUGACAUCAGUAUCUUCCCACCCCUGGUCACGGUGGGCAUCUACGCUGCUACCCUCUCUGCGGCCAUGAGCAACCUCAUCGGGGCAUCCCGCAUCCUCUAUGCCCUGGCCCGGGAUGAUCUCUUCGGCCGGGCGCUGGCACUCGCCAAGAAGACGUCUGCCAGUGGGAACCCCAUCAUGGCCGUGAUCCUCUCCUGGCUGGUGGUGCAGCUGGUGCUCUUCUCUGGGAAGCUCAACACCAUUGCGGGGGUCGUCACCACCUUCUUCCUCCUGGUUUAUGCUACCGUCAACCUGGCCUGCCUGGCGCUGGAGUGGGCAUCGGCCCCCAACUUCAGGCCCACCUUCCGGUACUUCACCUGGCACACGUGCCUGCUGGGCAUCGCCGGCUGCUGCGUCAUGAUGUUCCUCAUCAGCCCCGUGUCGGCCUCGGCGAGCCUGGGCUUCCUCCUCCUCCUCCUCCUCGCCCUGCACUACCUCUCACCCAGCAGCACCUGGGGCUACAUCAGCCAGGCCCUCAUCUUCCACCAGGUGCGGAAGUACCUGCUGAUGCUGGAUGUGCGGAAGGACCACGUCAAGUUCUGGCGCCCGCAGAUGCUGCUGAUGGUGCAGAACCCGCGGGGCAGCGCCCGCCUCAUCGACUUUGUCAACGACCUCAAGAAGAGCGGCCUCUACGUCCUGGGCCACGUGGAGCUGCAGGACUUAGACGCGCUGCCCUCGGACCCGCUGCAGGCCCAGCAGGACUCGUGGCUGGGCUUGGUGGACAAGCUGAACGUCAAGGCUUUCGUCAGCCUCACCCUGGCCCCCUCGGUGCGGCACGGCGUCCGGCAGCUCCUCUUCACCUCCGGCCUCGGCGGGAUGCGGCCCAACACGCUCGUGCUGGGCUUCUACGACGACGCGGCGCCCCAGGACGGGCUGGCCCAGCACCCGGCCUUCACCAGCGCCCGCGAGGAGGUGCCGCUGGGCUUCCCCCCGGUGCGGGCACCCGCGGCGCCCAAGCUCCUCUCGGCCCGCGAGUACGUGGGCAUCGUGGCUGACGCCCUGAAGAUGCUGCGCAACGUCCUGCUGGCCCGGCACCUGGAGAGCCUGGACAAGGCCUGGGAGCUCCGGCGGGCCGCCGGCUCCCCGCCCUCCAUCCACGUGUGGCCCGUCAACCUCCUGCGCCCCGACAGCGCCCGCUACGCCGACACGUGCAGCCUCUUCCUGCUGCAGAUGGCCUGUGUGCUGAACAUGACGCGGGCCUGGCGCCGUGCCCGCCUCCGCCUCUUCCUCUGCGUGGAGGCGGGCGCCAUGCCCCACGCCCAGGAGGACAAGUUGCGCCAACUGCUCAAAGACUUGCGCAUCCAGGCCCAAAUCCAGCUGGUGCCCUGGGACGCGGUGGUCAGCCUGCACUGGCAAGCCCAGCGGGCGCCCCCGGGGGGGCCGGCGCUGGCCGAGGAGGAGAGCGCCGUGAACUUCCCGGCCAACGCCACCCAAGUCUCGGAUGAGUACGUCUGCGCCGCCAACAAACUCAUCCUGGAGCAGAGUCCCGCGCCGGCUGUGCGCUUCCUCUACCUGCCCCGGCCGCCCGCCGACACCAGCCUGUACCCGCUCUACCUGCACCACCUGGAUUUGCUCACCCGGGACCUGGGCCCCACGGUGCUGGUGCACGGGGUGAGUGCUGUCACCAGCACCCAGCUCUAGGGGACACUGGGGGACCCCGUCCCCAGCACUCGCAGCUCAGGGAUGGGCACCGUGCCCGCUCCGGACUCCUGGGUUCUCAUUCAGCCAGUGCCUUUAGCAGCCCGAGGCUGGGCGCCGGGGCAGGGGGGUGGGUGCCCCCCGCCGUGGGUGCCCCCCGGCUGGCAGUGACUCCUGCCCGGCUUAGGUGAGCCAGCUGGAGGAGCCAGCACCCUGCCCCGGCGGUGCCAAGGGCUGGCAGUGUGGACGUGGGGGGGGUCGGGGGGGACUCUUGCGUGUACCAAGACCCUGGUAGGUGGCACAGAAUUAAAAGUUGCCCUGGCAGGACCUGGGCACAGCCCUGGCACCGGCCGGGCAAGUCAGUGCA